AUGUCUUGCGCUAGGCCUGCGGCAGAGGAUCAUCGAGAACGCCUCGACAACUCUGCUCAUAUGGCGAAGCGUCCAAGUUGCGCUACGCAGGAACGCGCCAUGUACGGAUUCGAAUUUCGACGCGCCGUCACAAGAUUCGCGAGGAGAACAAAAGGCCAAAAUGCCAUCCCCUACAAGCCAGCAAGUAUGAACACUCGCUCUCGACCUCGUCAACCAGGACUGUUCCCCUCGUCGUCAGCUGGCCGGUUCGCCCCGUAUCUUUUCUAUUUCCACAUCGGCAUUCUGCGUGUCGCAGGCGAAAGAAGAAACUCCCUCUCUCUCAACAACGCGGGAACUUUCCCCGCCACAGGCUCUGAGUUGCAAAUACAUGCUCUUGGCGGUGGUGCAAUGCAACCUGGAAAUGUCUUGGACACAUGCGGAUCACACCUAGCAGAGUCGCCAAGAUCUGGAAGCGGCUUAGAAUGCCAGCCUAGCUUGUAUUCGGCCAGCGUCAAGCGCUUCCCAUCGACUCCAACAACCAUUUCAUUGUCGGCAGUUCUUGGACCAAAGACAAGCCAUCACAAGCACCUCACAAAGCCCCGAGAAACCGUCGAAGCCUCACCCAAUCGCUCGGGCCCGCCAACGAGAUAUGCCGCUGACGACUUGUACAACAUGAGUGUCAAGUCCGUGAACGUCGGCCGCUUGAACGCCGUGAACAGCAUAGCAAGUACGAAUAAUUCGGAACCAGAAACCAACCAGCAUGGCCACCUUACUCUGUGGCAGUCAAUCAAGAAGUGGCGUCGCGUCGUGCUCUACUGUAUCGGCAUGACUUCCGCCAUCCUGAUGUACGGCUACGACUAUGUCAUUGUUGGCACAGUUUCAGCAAUGCCCAGCUUUCAACAUGACUUUGGUCAACAGCUUAAUGGAAAGUGGAUUCUGCCUUCACUCUGGCUCGGUCUCUGGAACUUCGUCAGCCCAGGCUGCUCCAUGAUUGGCUCUUUGAUUGGAGGGGUGUUCCAAGACAGACAUGGUCGUCGAGCGUCGCUUGCAUUGGGAUCCUUUCUGUCAGCCAUUGGUGUUGCUGUCUGCUUCGUUUCCAACCUCUCUCCUGAUAUCCAUACCCGGCGAAUCAUUUUCCUUGCUGGCAAAGGCUUUCAAGGAGGAGCCAUCGGCAUGGUCAUGACGACUUCCCAGACGUACAUGUCGGAGAUCCUACCGCCUAAUCUCAGAGGACCGCUCCUGGCCUUUUUCCCAAUCUUCACGCUGCUUGGCCAGUUGACUGGUGCCGCAGUCAUCUUCGCGUGCCUUAACCUGGCGAACGGAUACACUAUUUGCUUUGCAUCGCAAUGGCCAUUUUCUGCCCUUCCAUUGUUAAUGGCGUUCCUGAUCCCCGAAAGCCCGACGUAUCUCAUUCGGAGAAACAAGAAUUCCCAGGCUCACAAGGCUCAACUGAAGCUGGAUCCCGCUGGUGCCGACCCUGAGGACACUCUCGACACCAUCCGCCGCAACAUCGAGCAUGAAAGGCGACUGACCAAUGCGACCUAUGUCGACUCAUUCCGCGGUGUCAACCUUAGGCGCACCUUGAUCAUCAUGUUCUCCAACUCAUUGCCAAACAUCUUCGGUCUGACGUUGCUGUCAAAGUCGAGCUACUUUGUGCAAGUCGUUGGCAUGAAAGCCAACCUAAGCGUCAUCGUUCUUAUACUCGGCCUCGUCUGUGGUUUGAUUGCCAACAUCAUGAGCGUAUGGGUUCUCUCACGGGUAGGACGUAGGCGGCUCAUUCUAAGCACGCUAUCCGUCUUGUCCAUAAUCUGGACCGCCAUGGGAAUUGUCGGCUGCUGGUCGGGUCCAGUGAUACCAUGGUACACAUCCAUGACAUUGAUAGCCGUAGUCAUUGUGGCGGGUUUGGGAGUUUGGCCUGCCUCACACGUUGUCGGUGCCGAAACCUCAGCGCUGCAUUUACGGUCCAAAGCCCAAGCUAUCGGUUGGUUUACCGCGGGAGCAAACAACUCCAUCUUUGGAUUUGUGUUGCCAUACAUCUUCAACCCCGACAAAGGCAACCUUAAAGCCAAGACCGGUUUCGUGUUCGCUGGUCUUUGUGCCCUCGGGCUUGUCAUUGCCUUCUUCCUGGUACCCGAGAUGAAGGGACGAACGCCGGCUGAAAUUGAUCGCAUGUUUGAGUUGAGGCUACCGGCACGACAAUUCCGCCACUGGACCAACUCAGCCUCGGAAGGAGAGAAGAAUGACUGCGCCUCGCACCCGCCGGCCCCAUUGACACCCACCUCAAUCCGCAAUGAAACCUGUCUGUACGCACUGGCAUGGCGUUGCUUUUCAUCUGAUGAUGUCUUUCGCCAAGCUUUGCGCACCGGCCUUGGAAUCAUCUUUGUCCGUGACCAUGAGCUUCUGUUCAACGGCUUUCCACCCAUCGAGAUUAUUGAUUAG